GAUUGUGUAUCUGGCAUUUGUUUGAGCUGAAGUUCGUCCCUUGGAAAUCGUUUUGAAACCACCUCGACCAAUUUCUCCCGGGCCAUUUGAUUAUAGUGUCUCAGUGUUCAAGUCAAAUUUAAAAACAAAUAUUAUUUAUAUCAACAAAAUAUCAUAUCAUACUGGAAAAUUAUCAAGUGGAAAUGAAAUGUGGCCUUUUCGUGAUACAGAAUGUUUUGAUAAUUUUAUCUCGAGGUUAGAAUUUCCCUGACGGAUUUUGUUUUAUGAAUUUUUUUUUUUUUUUUAUAUAUUUUUUAAUAUAUACUUAAAUUAUUUUUGUUGUGUUUUUGAUUUUCUUUUUUUUGUUUAAUUUAAGUACUUAUUAUUUAAUUAAUUAAUUAAUUAUAAAAAAAAACUAUAUAUUAUUAUUUAAAAAUUGAAAAAGUGAUUGAUAUUUAAAACAAUAAUAAUGGGAUCAUUAGUUUUGCGAUGUCCCAUGUGUUGUGAUGAAACUUUUAACAAUUUACAACUGUUAAAGGAUCAUUUGUUGACUAUGAACAAUCUUUAUUGUCCAAAUGGUUGCUCAUUUAGGUCUGAAACAGUUGCUGAUCUUAUCCAACAUCUUGAUGAAUGUAUACAAGUAGACGACGUUACAUUUGGUGGUGAUUCUUGUGAGAUAAAUGACAAUGAAAAUGUAUUAAUGGAUCAUCAAAAUGUAGAAGACUUGUCUGAUGAUUUUUUGGUGAAUGAUGAUGGUAUCAUGACGAUAAAUGGUUCACAAGAUAUUCAAGCUGAUGAUAAUGAACAAUUUGAAAUUGAUCAAGUAAACUGUGAUAUUAAAAAUGAAUAUUUAGAGUUAAAUGAAAUAACAGAUAAUGAUAAUUUGGAUAAUAAUGAUGAUACAAAUGAUGAAUUUUUAUAUCAAACAAUUGAAGAUAAUUUAGAAGAAUCACAAGUAUUAUAUGUACAAGAUACAGAUGGUAUUAUUAAAGAUGACAGUAUGAUUGAGACAUUUCAAGAUGAUACAAUUGAGUAUAUUGAUGCUGAGCAAAAUUUCAUUGAAAUUGAUCAACAAGAACAAAUGCCAAUUGAUGAUUUAGUUGAUACAGAUAACACAUAUAAUUAUUGUAAUAUUUGUGAAAUAAGUUUUGAAUCAUUUAAAGAACACAUGGCUGAAUUUCAUCCAGAUUUAUCAGCUACACAAAUUAAAAAUGAUGAUGAUAAUGAUGAAGAUAUAUAUGGAGAUGUUGAAACAAUUAUACCUGAAGAAACACCAGUACCAUUAACAAUUAAACCACAACGUCGUUCAGCAAUGCAAACACUUCGUGUUGAACAUUGUACUGAUGAAGAAGGCAGAAGUUACAUGAGAAAAGUUGUACAAAUUGAACCAUUUUGGGAUCGUACAAAUACAACAAAUGAAACAAAACCAACAUCAAUGAUUGAAAAAUUUUUUUCAUCAACUAAAAAUGCUAUUAAUAAUAAUAAAAUACGUGGUAAUAAUCAAGAAACAUCAGAAACAUUAACAGGUGAUGAAACAAAACUUCAAAGACCAUAUCGUUGUCAGCAAUGUUUAAAAUUAUUUACUCAUUCUGGUGAAUUUCGUUUACAUGUUUGUGUAAAUGGUAAAAAUCAAUGUAAAUUAUGUGAUAAAGCAUUUGCAACAAUAAAAGCAUUACAAACACAUUUAAAAUAUCAUAUUGAUUGUAAAAAAAAUGAAAUAUUUAAAUGUACAAUAUGUGGUACUGAAUUUACAUCACAUAAAAGUUUACGUUUACAUGCAAGAAUGCAUGCACCAGUACGUUCAAGACGUAUUGAAGCACCAGAAGGUGAUUCAAAAGAUUGUUUUACAUGUAAAGAAUGUGGUAAAAUAUUAUCAGAAUCAUAUAAAGAUGCACAUAUGGCAUUACAUACAAGUGAUGCAGUAACAUGUGAAAUAUGUAAUCGUAAAUUUGGUACAACUGAAAGUCUUGAAAUGCAUCGUGCUGUACAUCAAGAAUUAGGUAUAACUAAAAAUCAAUUAACAAAUGAAACAGAUAUACCACAACCUGAUCCUUUAUCACUUUCUCCUGAUUCCCCAGUUCCACGUAAUUCAUCACCAACAAAAGUAACAAGUUCUGAUCCUCCUGAUCCUUCAAAACCCUAUCAAUGUCAGUAUUGUCCAAAACGUUUUAGAAGACCACAUGAAAAAGUUAAACAUGAAAGAAUUCAUACUGGUGAAAAACCCCAUAUUUGUGAGGUUUGUGGAAAAACAUUUCGUGUAUCAUUUUGUUUGACUUUACAUAUGCGUACACAUACUGGUGUACGUCCAUAUGAAUGUAAAGUUUGUAAUAAAAAAUUUAAAGCAUCAUCAGUUUAUAAUCAUCAUGUAUUAACACAUGGUGAUGCACGUGCAUAUAAAUGUGAUUAUUGUACAAAAACAUUUAAAACACGUGUACAACUUGCUGGACAUAAAAAUAGUCAUACAAAACCAUUUCAUUGUACUGAAUGUUCAAGACCAUUUGCAUCACUUUAUGCUGCACGUAAUCAUAUUGAAACACAUAAAAAAGAUAAUAAUCUUAAAUUUACUUGUCAUAUUUGUGGUGCAUCAUAUGGACGUGCAUUUGCUCUUAAUGAUCAUAUGAAAAGUCAUGCUGAUAAUGAUGAUAAUGCUGAUGAUGAUCUACAACAAACAUUACAACCACCAGAAGCUGCUAGAGAAGAAGAAGUACAAGAUGAUUAUAUUAUGAAUGAAGAAAUUACUGAAGAAGAACUUAUCAAUGAUUCUUCAGUUAUUAUUGGAUAAAUAAAUUUUAUGAUUAAAAAAAAACCAAAUAAUUUAUCAACAAAAUGUUUUAAAAAAAAACAAUUUUGUUUUUAUAUUUUUCAUUCUAAUUAUUAUUUUUUUUUUUGUUUUUUCAAUAUGUUUAAAUAAAGAUUUUUUUUAAUUUGUAAACAAAAAAAAAACUUUAUAAAUUUAAAAUUAUGUAAGUUAAUUAUUUAAAUUUAAAUUCAAUUAAGCACGUAUGGUUUUUUUUAUUCUUCAAAUAUGUUAAAUAAAAUUUAAGUGGAAAUUUAAUAUUAGUCUUUUUUGGUUCAUAUUGAAUAUGAAUAAUUAUUUAAACAAAAUAUUUAUACAUUUUCAAGAUUUGUGAGAUUAUAAAUAGUGCAAUUAGUACACAAAAAAAAAUAGAAAUACUUUGUUUUAUUUAUAAAUUAAAAUAGUUAAUUAUGAGGAUUUUAAAAUGAUUGAAUAUUGAUUUAUAAAAUUGACCAAAGUAGAUUGAAUAUAUUGUUUAUAUUACUCUUCAUUUAAUUAUUAAUUUAUUACUAAUUUUUGUUUGCUAUAUUUGGGUAAUUUUCUUCCACGAAAAUAUAAGAAAAAUUAUUUGUAAAGACCAGAAAUAUUUGUUGUUUAGAAAAUUGAAAAAUGACGAUUAAAAAAUUAAUUUAUUUAUAACUUUUCGAUGGAAAUUAUGUUACUAAAUAAUUGUUAACAUAGCUAUAAAAAAAUUAAUAUAUAAAUAAACAUGCCUGAAUUUUAAUAGUA